GCUCCGCUCUCAAUCCCUAGUACAUCUCUCAAUCGCCAUAUUGGGUACUGAGAAGGUUUGUCUGCCGUUUCUCUCACUACGGACGUAUUGACAGAGCGGCUCCUGGUCCUGUGCACUUUGUUUUGAUGGUCUACGGAGAGGACUUUCGGCUUCAAAACAACGCGGCUGUUACCGUUCGCCGCUCGACGUAUGCAUGGCAUAAGUGGGUUUACGCUUGUUUUUGGACACCGCUCAGCGACAAGGAGAUACCCGUUGUUUUUCCACUUGUGUUUUCUUGUUGAAACUGGACGCUCCCGGCUGUUUGAGAAGAAAAAAAAAAUCGCCUUUCUUCGGGGGGUGAAAAUGUCAGAUGUUCGACUAUCUAACGGGAGCCCGACGCUGGAGCGGACGGAGCCCCGGGUGUCUGAUCUCCCGCAAGCGUCGCUGUGCAGAAGCCUCUUCGGCCCGGUGGAUCACCAAGAGUUAAAGAGGGAUUUAAAGAGACAUUUGCGGGAGAUGGAAGAGGGUGACUCCGCCAGGUGGGGCUUCGACUUCGCCAAUCACACUCCGCUGUCCAACACGGGCAGGUUCGAGUGGGAAUUAGUGGAUUGUAAAGACGUGCCGGGUUUUUACAACAGGCAGCCGCGGAGGGAGAAGGGCGUCUGCUCUGCUGGGAAUAACAAUAUGGAUCUAAACGGGAAUCAUAGCUGUGUUGUUGGGGCUCCGAGUGAAGACAGCGACAGGUCUGAAGCGCCGAUGGAGUGCACGGAGCAGUGCACCGGGCGGAGGAAAAGACCUGCAUGUCAAGACUCCUCGGUGUCCGACGAGGUUAGCUUUCAAAGCUUGAGCCAUUCUGCAGAACACACACCCAGAAAGAUCAGUCCCAAGAGGCAAACGUGAGGACCAAGACGAGCCCGAAGAUUCCUCCUUUGGAAACCUCAGUGUUGGCCUUUUUUUUUUUUUUUUUUUUUUCUGCUUGGAAGAAGAACUACACAGCAUCAGAAACAUAUCAACUCUCCUGAAGACGGGGGAGGACGCUGUUGAAGCACUGAAUAGAAACACUAAAGUUGUGGCACUCAAUUAAAAAAAAAAAAAAGUUACUGCCUCUAAAAGCAGUCUAUGUAGCAGUGUGCAAUUAGGUUGGAUUUCCCUUUUUGCUCCUUUUUUUUUUUUUUACUACCUGUGUGUAAAUAAAUAUACAUAUUAUAAUAUUAUAUUUCUCUCCAAACGAGCACAUAAAAAAGAAUUAUGAUUUGAACACAAAUCUUUUAUGUAAAAAGGUGUGAAUUUUUUUUUUUUAUUAUUUGACUUGAAGAAUUGCAGUGUAGUUUGAUACAUGUUUCCAAAAUGCUGUUUUUUUUUUGUUUUUUUCUUCCCUGAAAGGCAGUGUGACUCUAAUUCAGUCCCUAAUUGUUACAUUCAAAACUAAAUCAUGGCUUCUUACAGUUUCUUAACAGUGUAUCUUCACUACGUCAUCUUCCUAACUGUGCAGUGAAGAACGGUACAAAUGUAACUCAUCUGUUGUUGUUGUUGUUUUCUUCUUUUUGUUUCCCCUUCCUCUGUGUCACAAAGUGAAGGUUCUCCUAAAGGAUCCAUUUCUCUGAGAAAUCAACAAGGAAGAUAAAGUUUAGACUUCUGUUGGGAUUACCUUUAAAUUUCCCCAUAUUUAUUUUGUGAUAGGUGCUUUUUGCAUCAUUUGAAUCCUGGAAUAUGACCUGUUUUUUUUUUUUCUCAAGUUCUCCUGCACACCUCAGCCACAUUGUAAUGAUGUGUUUGCUUUCCUCUGGCGUUUUGAGGUACUUAGUUAUUGAAGGACAAAGACCAUACAAACUGCACAGGCUGUGUUGUAAACUCUCUAUGCCUAUAUUCCCUUUGUUUUAUUUCUCUGUAGUGAGAGAGGGGGGGGGGGUCUCUGAAAAGGGUGAAUGUCCUACAAUACCAAAUACAUGGUUGCUUCAGUGCCAGCAGCACCGCCUGUGCUCCUUUAAUUGACUUCACAUUGUGUUACUUUGUGAUGACCUCGACCUAAUUUUUUUUCCACGUGUACCUUUUUUUUCUUGUCACCUAUGUUGUGAGCCUGCUGAGGAUGCAAAUGUGAGCGUCCAAAAGCGUCCCUUUAUUUGCCUAGAGUGUGGGGUUAUAUUCAGAGAGAUCAGAGUACACCUGGACAGAAAGAGAAAACAGCUUGUCUCAGAUAAUGCAGUCACCAUGCCUGUGUAUUUGUGUAUAUCUUUGCAAUGUACCUAUGUACAUAAUUUUGUAAAAACACUGAGAAAUUAUACUAACUUAUUUAUGGCGAUCUUUUUUUUUUUUUUUAAUGUAGAAUAAAAAAUGGGUUUUUUUGAUUACGGUUAUCCAAAGUGGCAUUUACUUUAUUAUAAUUGUCUUAUUUUGUAAAAGCAUUUUUUUUUUUUGGUAGUUUUUUUUUCUUACCAAUAAGGCUGCAAACUGAGCCUGAAAAAAUAUUUGAUGUGCAUUUUGUAAUGUGUGGUUAUGAAAUGUGUUGCAAUCAAUUAAAAGAGAAAAUUGAAAA